CCCAUUAUAUUCAAAACUCAAAUGAGUUAUGGAAGGAAUAAAGAAAAAAAAGGGAAAAAAAUCUUUCCGGAAUUAGAAAAUUGGGUUUAUGUUACCAGAAGAGUUCACAGGUUCUACACGCGGCAGUGGCUUCAAGUAGAAUUUCGAAAGAAAAAGAUGCAGAGGUUCAAGGCAGCUUCAUUGGUAAGAAACGGCCUUCACAGUUGCCGUUUGCUUAGCCAUUGCAGAGGCCUCUGCUCUCUCCCAGACCAUGCUCUCAACGAUGAUCUUGACCACCAAGUAUUGGUUGAAGGCAAAGCUUGGUCCAGGACAGCGAUUCUCAACAGACCUUCAGCGCUCAAUGCUCUCACGACUGCAAUGGGGGCUAGAUUGCAGAAACUGUACAAAAGCUGGGAAGAUAAUCCUGAUAUUGGUUUUAUUGUAAUGAAGGGCAGUGGCAAGGCAUUUUGUGCUGGUGGAGAUGUAGUUUAUCUUUAUCAUAUGAUAAACAAAGGGAAAAUAGAAGAAUGUAAACAAUUUUUUAGUACACUAUAUGCAUUUAUGUAUAUGGUUGGUACAUGUUUGAAGCCACAUGUGGCUAUCUUGAAUGGCAUUACCAUGGGUGGUGGUGCUGGGGUCUCAAUACCCGGGACAUUCCGCAUUGCAACUGAUAAAACUGUAUUUGCUACCCCUGAAACUAUAAUUGGUUUCCAUCCCGAUGCUGGGGCAUCCUUUUACCUGUCACAUCUACCGGGUCACUUAGGGGAGUUCGUGGCCCUUACAGGUGAAAGGCUCAAUGGAUUGGACAUGAUUGCUUCUGGGCUUGCAACACACUAUUUGCAUAGUUCAAGGCUUCCUUUAAUUGAAGAAGAACUUGGGAAAAUAGUCACUGAUGAUCCUUCUGUCAUUGAAGCUUCUUUAGACAAGUAUGGUGAACUUGUCUAUCCAGAUGAGACAAGCGUGCUUCAUAGGAUUGAAUUAGUUGAUAAAUGUUUCAGCCAUGACACGGUUGAGGAAAUUAUUGAUGCCUUGGAAUGUGAGGCAGGUAGAACAAAUGACGCAUGGUGCACUUCUACUCUAAAGAGACUUAAAGAAGUCUCACCAUUGAGCUUGAAGGUUGCCUUGCGAUCUAUAAGAGAAGGUAGAUUUCAGACCCUUGAUCAGUGCUUGGUUCGUGAGUACCGAAUGUCCCUACAGGGUGUCACUAAGCAGGUUUCAAAUGACUUUUGCGAGGGCGUUCGGGCACGUGUAGUCGAAAAGGACUUUGCACCAAAGUGGGAUCCUCCAAGUGUUGAAAAAGUGUCCAAUGACAUGGUGGAUCAAUAUUUUUCUCCUCUUAGUGAGUUUGAGCCCGACUUAGAGCUACCGACGGAGCUGCGAGAAGCAUUCACCUAGUUCACCUGAACACAAUAUAUAUUGUCUCUCUAGUUUUGUGAUCUUGAAAGCUGGGUUGAUUCCAAGCAUUUGCCUGAACUAGUAUUCUUUCAUGUUAGGAACUAAUUAAUUUUUGGGUUUUCCAGCCCCUUGUUGAAAAGUGGGACGUAGCUUACAAAAUAAUGUAUCCAGUAAUAAAAUAAAAUAGAGUUUCUAGAUC